AUUAUUUAUUAAAAAUAUAUUGGUACAGUUUCAUUGUAUCACGUUAAUUUGAUUUCAAUAAUAAAUUCAGUUGAAUGACAAUCAUCCAGCUCCCACAUCCCGCAUAAAUCACCCUAAUUAUAAAGUUUGGAUACUUUGUAACACUCCUCUGUUACUGAGUCGUUUUUGAAACACGCAAAUUUCGAAUAAUCUCCUUAGUCAGUUAUUUGAAAAUCUACUGGAUCAAUGAUCACUGGUGAUCAUCGUCCUUAUCCCUUGAAAUAGAAGGAUCCUAUAUGUAACAAAUAAAACAAAAAGAAAAAAAAACACACGAUAGAAGCAUGUUAAACAGGAAACUAAUACUAUUAUCGUAUUUCUUAAUGGGAUUUCCUAAAGUACCGUGUUUAUAAAUAGAUAACGACAAAAGUUUCCUCUCGGAAUUCCGUAAUUGAUUCCUAAUCAAGUACGUGACACGCGCUAUCUCCGUUUAUCUACAUACGCGACACCGAUCACGGUCAGUUUUUUUAUCAUUCAGAUUUUCCUUACGUUCGAUCGCGAUCGUUCAUCCCGCAUUGUUCUCAAUGAUCCAUCGGUCCGAGCGCUCGGGAUUCGCUGCGAGCGUCGAGAUCUCGAGUUGUUCGCGUAAUUAAAUCCGAUUUAUACGACGUUCAAACGCGACGAGAUCGAUCGAGCGUUAGUUUCCGAAACGAUGAGCGAACUGUUACGGUACACGCUGAGGGAGGUAGAGCAACGCGAUGGGAACGAUGGAUCAAGGACCUGGAUCGUGAUCCACGACAACGUCUACGAUGUCACCGAUUACAAAGCCAAGCAUCCUGGUGGUCCAGAAUUGAUCGACGAAUACGCAGGACAAGACGCGACAGCUGGAUUCGACGAUUUUGGCCACUCCUCGGACGCCAAACGCAUGUUGAAGGACUUCCUCGUCGGCCAGCUAGUGGACGAAGACAAAAUGGUGAACAGAAAAAAGAACGGCUCCAGCAACGCUCAAACGAGGAUGGCAAAAGUGGGAAAGAGAAGGACGUUUAGGUCAGUAUUAUGCGGAGGCUGCGCGUAACGAAGCAUGUACCAGCCGUGGAUCGAGUCAUGUUAAUUUAUUUAUUUUUAUUUCCAUUUUCUUUAUUUACCACUAAUAUACAUGUUGAGCUAGUUGUAAACAU